AUGUCUGCGGAUUCACAACACGUUGAGCAUGGAGAUGGUGUCCGGAAGAAUCGCUCGGGACAGGAAAAGCGGUCUUCACCUACCAUCCCAGUAAUGCUCGACAGGUAUGUGAAUGCAACUCAGCACUCCGAAAUUCCUGUGCCAGAACGAUUCCUGAGACAUGGCGGAUCAUCCCACGGACGGCACACGACCCAUGACAUGGAUCCGACAAGGUUCGAACAAUGGAUGAGGUCUAAGCUCUCCGUCGUUGACAGGUCCGGCCAUAGCGAGAAUACGAUGCGACAUGCUAUAUUCGCGGUCAACAUGGAAGACUUUGUAUCUGUCCUGAACGAUGAGUAUGAGGAUGUUCCGGCUUGCUCGGUUCUAACAGUGACCAGUUCAGCUGCCUCGGGCUCUAAUGCGUUCGCGGAUGUCGCAGAGUGUUAUGUUAGGUCACAAUGGUCGCAUCAUGGGGUUCGAGUGCUGGACUGGCUGUCUCGAUUUCGAAAUCGUGAUUUGCGACAAUUGGCAUCUCUAAAACUAGACAUGCCAGAUAAUGAUGUAAUUCUCAAUAGCUGGGGCACUAACACCUCCUGGAAAAAGGUUGAAGUAUUCGGAACAGAAGAGGUCGUGGCAAAAAUAGCUCUACAGCUCGCAUGGACGAUGAUGGCGUUCCGAAAACCACGUCCAAGGUCGAAGGAGCUGUCACUCUUCGCUGCCGAAGUAACGUUCUCUGAGGAGGGACUGGUCCUUCCUAGUUCUACAGCGUCCUCACAGCCCUGCUUCAACUUCAGAAUCAAAGUUCGAGAACCUCAAGCUUCUGAGGCAGUCGAAAAGGAAGGAGCUUGCUGGAACAACGCAUUUCGGCACUUUGCAGUCGCUACCGGAUUCCACAUUCCAUCACGGCCAGCUGAUUUCCGUGGUGUGGAGCUGCCUUUCGCAUUGAUGACAAUUUUAACCCAAGUCGACUAUCCCUUACCAUUCAUGGAUGGUUUUGUUCUCAAGGGCCGUAAAUCUGCCGUCUUUCCGGUUCUGUCCAACAGAGAGAGGACUGCCGUUCAGUGGCAUCUGGUCGAGGCCAAGGGAUCUUGCUCUUCCAUGGCGGAAAUUCACAAUACUUUACCGGAACUUGUAACCGUCACUGGCUCCCUCGAUGAGUAUGUCGAUACCGGUUUGCCUGCUACAAAACGUCACUUCCUGGGGCUAUACCGGGAUGCGAGGAUUCACCUUGGCACUCAAGAUUCUCAAGCUGAGAAGAUCUCAAGCGUGGAUGGGGUUCCGAACGUUCAUAUUUCAUCGGGAACGCCUAUGAAGUGGCAGAGAAUUAUCAAUAUGUCCUUGCACAUAUCGGCCAAGGCAGCAAGUGUCGGGGUCUCGACGGAGUUCCGACUUGGGAAGUCGCUGCAAAAGUCACUGAGCAUCGAACAUAAUCCACUGCAACUCUUUGACCUAGCUUGUGAGAAUCUGACAUUAUUAUACAAUGUCGAGACGAAGACGGCAUGGUUGUUGCCAGAAAUAUGUGUAAUUCUGCAUUUAAUGCAGGCCCAGACUCGCAACAAGCGCAAGGGAUACCGGUUUCGAUUCCCCUCCUUCGUGGAUAUGGCAGCAAGCAAGUUGGAGAAUACGUGCCGCCGCUUUCUAGAACAAAACCUCAACUUGCAACCCAUGUUCAAACAGUUCUCGGAUGCUUUUACUCAGAUGAAAGAGGACAUUCUCAUGAAACCCAAGGGAGUCAGACUACGUAAUGUGUUCUUUGAGUCAACCGAGCGACUAGCCGGAGUCGAUUUCACUGAGUUAUCCUUGCUCCCUCUGAAAUACUCGACCAGAGAGGUCGAACUGCCGACUAGAUCUAGUGGCGGCUGGGUAGAAAUGCUCAAGGAUAAUUGGGAAGCGAAGAAGAGUUACAAGAUUGUGAGCAUCUUUUGCAAGAAUCUGUACCCAGAACCAGUCAAACCGACAGGUAUGGAGUGCAGUACUUGGUGUCCGCCUCCUGUUAACUCCGAUUAUCUCAUCACCACUAUCUCCUGCAUCAGGAAAUUAGCAGAGAGACACGGAAGAGAUCCAGUAAAGCUCUCACCCAAUAUGUUUUGGGGACCUGGCAAUGUUGACCCAUAUAGCAUCUGUCCUAAGAGGAACUGCAACCGACUGCAGCAGAUAGUUAAACAACAGCCCAGCAGGCGCAUGUUUAAUAUCAUGGAAGAUGCGCCAGCUGAUGGUGCCCUUGUGUUUGGUGGGUCGUAUUGCAUGAAUCCUCAGAUGAAGUGCUCUACCGGGAGUGCCCCAAGAACGCUUGAAAUCCUCAGAGAAGAGCUGGGAUCGGAGGUCCCUGAUUAUGCUUCACGAGCCGCUUCCAUGUCAGAACCAACCGCUUCAAGCCUGAAUCGCAGGCAGAGUGCUAUCCAAGCUGCGGACAAACUCGCAAAUUUCCACAUGCUCAAUGUGGCAUCUUAUAUCGAGCCAAGCUGGCGUGAAGACUUUUUCGUUGCAAUCAUUUGCGCUCUACCACGCGAAGCAGAUGCAGUCACUUUAUUGUUUGAUAAAUUCUGGGACGAAGAUGGCGAUACUUUUGGCAGGGCUAAAGGUGACACAAAUGCUUAUACAACAGGGCGUUUUGGAUCGCAUAAUGUUGUCCUUGCUGUGCUUCCCGCGAUGGGGACAACUAACGCCGCGGCAGCAGCUGCUAACCUCCGCUUAAGCUAUCCUAAUCUUAAGUUGACAUUAAUUAUCGGAAUCUGCGGUGGGAUUCCGAAGGUAGGUGGGAUUGACGCCUUUCUAGGCGAUGUUAUCAUUGGCAAAACAAUCGUCCAGUAUGAUUAUGGACGACUGUACCCGGGGCAAUUCUCAGUCAAGAAAUCAGUUGAUGAUAGUCUUAGCCGCGCGAAUAAGGAUAUUCGAGGCCUUCUUGCUAGUUUUGAGAUGGAACAUGGACAUGAACAACUGCGAUCUAAGGCUGCUCUUCACCUUAAGCACUUACAGGAAAAAGCUGCUCGCAAGAAGCGACGAGCAAAUUACCAUUAUCCAGGAAUCACCAACGACAAACUAUUCCUACCGAGUUAUCGCCACUCGCAUCACGACUCCUGCGAUAUUUGUUGUGGCGAACCUGCCCGUAUCUGUGACAUUGCCUCCGGGGCUUCUUGUGUGGAAAUCGGCUGCAACGAGGAUAACUUGGUGAGAAGGCAAAGACCCACUGUAGAAUGCGGUCGCUGCCCUAAUAUCUUUAUUGGCUGUCUGGGCUCAGGUAAUACAGUCAUGAAGUCGGGUGAGGAUCGCGAUCGCAUCGCCGCAGAACAGGGUGUCAUUGCUUUUGAGAUGGAAGGGGCAGGGGCUUGGGACGAGGUCCCAUGCAUUGUUAUUAAAGGCAUCUGUGACUAUGCAGAUAGCCAUAAAAACAAGACGUGGCAAGAUUUUGCGGCAGCUACAGCAGCGGCGGUGGCCAAAGCACUGCUAGAGAGAUAUAUACGUGAGGAUGCUGGUAGAGCUUUGGCAAGCAGAAAUCGAGAGUUCAGGUAUGAGUAA